AUCAGCCCGCGGCACGCGAAAAUGGAGCUGUUUUGGGGCUGUUUUGCUCGGUUUGGUGAGCGGUCGCUUUGUAACGCUGCAGCUUGUUCGAACUUACAUUUUUACAAGCAAAAUGACUCAAACCCAAGAGAAAACAUGCUAUCAAGCAGCUGUACAUGUAGGUGUGAGCGACGAACGGUUCGUUGAAUGGAGUUGUUGCGAGUGCGCGACGACCGUUCGUGACAGCGCGGAAGUGGGAUUUAGGGUUUCCCACUAUCCCUUCUAUAAGGCAGACCAGACUGGGGUGGGUCCACAUAUUGGUUAGCACUCGAACUGGUACGUGUUGCCUAUUUCAUAUGGUUUUGGGCGAAAUGGAAGUCCUUGUCUAAACUUGCAAUGAUCUGUGGCUACAUGCCCUGCCUUCGAAUUGGAAAGUUAUUUAACCUUACCCAUUACAAGAUGCAAAACAGUAAUUUCUACCUUUUGUGUCAGUUGAAAGUGCUUAUUCUUGGUGAAGAUUUUGGACCUCAUUUAAGUUACAAACCUUCAGCCUAUCGGAAAACUGGCAUAUAUAAAUAUAAAUAUUAUCUUGAAGUGAAUACAGUCUUUUGCACUUCUUCACCAUUUAUUAUUUUGAAGAGUAACAACAUAAGUGUGCAUAGCAGCAAAUUUGGAAAGAUGCUUGAUUUGGUAAUGAGCUGUUAGGUCUUUUACCCUGCCAAAUAAAGAAUUUGUAGCAUAUAUGCUUAUGCUAAAUCAUAGGUAGGUCAUAUAUCAUAUAAAAUGCAGAAAAGAGGUCUCAGUAGAUGAGAAAUAUGUAGUGAAAAGAGGGGAAAAAAUGCUUUCAUAUUUAUUAUAUAUUGAUAAGGUGAUCUUGAUAUAUUAUAAUUUAUUGCUAUGUUUUUAACAUAAUCAGUUGUUCAUUUUCUGUUUUCCUUGUAGCUUGGCUUAUGCAGAAGUUGUCAUUACUGCAGGUGUGGCAUAGACACAAAGAGAAUUUGAUUCAAAUGGAGAGAUACCAUUUCUUUGCUUCUAGUUGUCGGCAAUUUGGUUUUGGUGCCAAAUCUUUAUCGGAGUUGAUGAAAGAUGAAAGAGAGUCUGAUGGUGCACUUGCAACCGUCCUUAAUGUUCUAAAGCGGGCUCACCAAAUGUUUUUCGAUCCUGUCGUUGGUCCUGAUACGUCAAGAGAUGUAAGGCAGGUCCUCAAAGGCAUCAGACAUGAGAUAUUACAAGGGUGCAAAAUAGUAUUUAGUAGGGUCUUUCCAUCCAAGUCACCAGCUCAAGAUCAGCCAAUCUGGAAGAUGGCUGAACGAUUAGGUGCAACAUGCUGCGCAGAGGUGGACCCAUCCGUAACGCAUGUCGUUUCAAUGGACACAGGCACACAGAAGUCGCGUUGGGCUUUGCAGAACGAGAAGUUUUUGGUCAGUCCAUACUGGAUCGAAGCAACAAACUUCUUAUGGCAACGUCAAAAGGAGGAUGAUUUCCCUAUUAGUAAUCUACGAAAUCGUAAUGCUUGACUUCUCUUCAAAUUCUGAAAAGCCUUACGAUGGAUCUUCUAUCUGCCCAUGUAUUGAUGACCCAGAUACGCCUUGGACAGUCAAUCACUAUUCCUGUAACAAUCUUAUAUGCCAGCUGGAAUGCGAGGAUUGUUGAUUGUCAUACAAACAUGUAAAUGUUUCUCUCUUGCUUUCUUUGUUAGUCUAAGAAAAGUUUAAAUUUCUUAAAAUGGCUUCUACUUUUUCA